GACACACAGCAUCCGUAUUGACGAAUGGUAAAGUAUUAGUUACGGGCGGAUAUGAUGGUAGUUUUCGCCUAGAUAGUACUGAAUUAUAUGAUCCAUCAACAGGAAACUGGACAAUGACUGCUAGUAUGAAGGAUGUACGAAAUGCACAUACAGCUUCUGUAUUAACAAAUGGAAAAGUGUUAGUUACGGGUGGAGUUGGUAUUUCUUUUCUAAAGAGUACUGAAUUGUAUGACCCAUCAACUGGAACUUGGACAACAAGUAGUAGUAUGAAUAAUACACGAUUUUUACAUACAGCAUCCGUAUUAACAAAUGAAAAAGUUUUAAUUACUGGUGGACAAGGUUCUGAUUAUUAUCUAGAUGGUGCUGAGCUGUAUGAUCCAUCAACAGGAAACUGGACAAUGACAGCUAGUAUGAGUUAUGCACGAUCUGUACACACAGCAUCCGUAUUAACAAAUGGAAAUGUGUUAGUUUCGGGUGGAUUUGCGGAUAUAGCUGUAAAUAGUUCUGAAUUAUAUUAA